AUAUAUCGCUGUAACCUGCAGGAGAGGGAUCAUUUGUGAGGAGUGAGUUUUGGCAAGAAAAUUCAUCCUCUUCCCGAAGACCAUAAACGUAUAUAUAGCUGCCACGACGAAGGGUCUCUCCACGACUACCAUGUUAGCCGGCGGCUUAUAUAAUCGAAGGGGGUAAGCUUCAGUUCUUUCUGUACAGUAGAAGCAAAUAUGCAUGCUCCAUAUAUGGUUUAAGCCAACUCAAAAUGAACCAACACUUCCUAACAAUCCUAGAAAAAUGCAUUAAUCUCAGCCAUCUUAAACAACUCCAAUCCUUCAUCAUCUCUCAAGGCCACUCCCACACCCAAUUCUACAUCUUCAAGUUAGUUCGCUUUUGCACACUCAAGAUUUUCAACUUUUACUAUGCUCGCUUACUGUUUGAUCAUCUUCCUUCUCCCAAUAUAUACUUAUACACUGCCAUGAUUACUGCUUAUGCCUCUGACCCCAACCACCAUACUUCCGCUUUUGUCCUUUACCGUCACAUGCUUCGCAAAGGCAAGCCGGCACCCAACAAUUUUAUUUUCCCUCAUGUCUUGAAAUCAGCUCCUGAGGUUUUGGAGUCUAAUGGCACGAAACUGGUUCAUACCCAGAUUUUAAAAUCGGGUUUUGGACAAUACCCAGUUGUUCAAACGGCUCUGGUUGAUUCCUAUUCGAGGACGGGUUCGUGCAUUGGGAUUGCAAGGGACGUGUUCGAUGAAAUGUCUGACAGAAAUCUUGUGUCUUGGACUGCUAUGGUUUCUGGGUAUAUGAGAGUAGGGGAUGUUGGAAAGGCUGUUUCGCUUUUCGAGCAGAUGCCCAAUAGGGAUAUUCCUUCUUGGAAUGCUGUUAUUGCAGGGUGCACGCAAAAUGGAUUCUUUUCUGAGGCUAUUUCAGUGUUGAGAAAGAUGGUAAUGGUGGGAACAGGAGAAGGGAAUAGGCCUAAUCAGGUUACAGUUGUUUGCAGUUUAUCGGCUUGUGGAAACACUGGGAUGUUUCAGCUUGGCAAAUCAAUCCAUGGUUACGUUUAUAGAAAUGGUAUUGAUAAUGAUUGUUUCAUAGCUAAUGCUUUAAUAGAUAUGUAUGGGAAAUGUGGGAGCUUAGAUACAGCAAGAAGGAUUUUUGAAAUGAGUUCCAAGAAAAACUUGACAUCUUGGAACUCUAUAAUCAAUUGUUUUGCACUACAUGGACAAAGUGAGAAUGCAAUUAGUUUGUUUGAGGAGAUGAUCAAUUGUGGUUUUGAGGAUAUUAGACCUGAUGCAGUUACCUUUAUCAGUCUGUUGAAUGCUUGUACACAUGGAGGAUUGGUUGAAAAAGGCCGUGCUUAUUUUGAGUUGAUGACUAGUAGUUACAAUAUCGAACCUAGGAUUGAUCAUUAUGGUUGUUUAAUCGAUCUUCUUGGUAGAGCAGGAAAGUUUGAGGAAGCAAUGGAAGUCAUUAAUUGUAUGAAGAUGAAACCUGAUGAGGUUGUUUGGGGCUCAUUGUUAAAUGGAUGUAAAAUAUACGGUCGCCUGGAUUUGGCAGAGUUUGCAGUAAAGAAACUUAUCGAAAUCGACCCGAACAAUGGAGGUUAUGGCUCUAUGUUGGCAAAUUUAUAUGGAGCAUUAGGGAAAUGGGAUGAGGUACGCAAAUUUAGGAAGAAGUUGAAGGAACAGAGUGCUUAUAAGACCCCAGGUUGCAGUUGGAUCGAAGUUGACGGAAAAGUUCAUCAAUUCUAUUCUGUUGAUAAGAUGCAUCCUAGAACUGAUGAGAUCUAUGGCAUUUUGGAAAGCAUGGUUGCUUUUUCCUAAAGCUCGGUAAAAAUACAAUGAAGGCUAUUAUAUUAGGAGCUAGAUUGCAUUUUAUCUUAUUUACUCAAAAAAUGGAUAAAUUAAUCAUUUGUAAAUAAGAUUAAAGAGCAAAUUGCUCUUUUCAUUUAAAAAAAAUUUAUUGCUACUUAUAAAAA